AUGAAUAUGAAGAAGGCCUACGAUCUGAAUUCGAUUUCAGUGUUUCCUCCUAAUUUAAGUAGAAGGAGAUCGAGUGUAGGAGCCUCUGAACCGCAAGCAUCGCAGCCGUCCUUCUUCCCACAGGGUCCUUCUUCUUCUCAGUGUGCCUCUUUUUCUCAGAGGACUCAGCGCUCUGUCGAUCAGCUCUAUGAUCAGAGAUCUACUUGUCAGGAACGAGAUCUCUCUUUGAAGAAGAAGAACAGUUUCUUGCCACUUGUCAAUCAUAAACGAGACGAUAUUCAGAUGCUUACAUCUAGACUUUCCAGCGGAAGAUGGAGUUCUGUUUCCCUCGGAGAAUCUAAAUCUCAGAUUGGUGAAGAACUUGAGCAACGCUUUGGGAUGAUGGAAACUUCGUUGAGCAAGUUUGGAAGGUUGCUGGAUUCCAUUCAGAGUGACAUCAUACAAGCCAACCGAGGAACUAAACAAGUUUUUCUUGAAACUGAACGCAUUCAACAAAAGUUGAUUCUCCAAGACACUUCUCUUCAGCAGCUGAUAAAGAAACACUCAGAUGUUCAAGCCAGUCUUGAUGGAGCUGUUAAAUCUAUUCUGGAGGAACUAAGCACAGAUCCCAAUCAAGAGAAGCUACAUAAAAUAACUUUGAUGUUAACAGCUAUCCUAGAGCAAGUAGAAACCGCUCUGCAGAAUAUACAAAGGGAAAUCUGCCACACGUUUACCGGAGAAAUUCAGGUUUUGGCUAAGCCAGUAAUAGCUCCUCAGGUUCCAACAGCACCACAAGUGAAGGCUAACGGAAACUUGCUUGAGCAGCGCCAUCCAGCUGCCAAGAGCAAUGCAUUUUGUAAUGCCACACUGAAAACGAAACAACCACAGCUUCCUAGAAAUCCAGCGAGGACUGUAAGAACAUCUUUAUCCCCAAAGACACAAGUGGGAUGUUGGAAGACGGUGAAACCAGCACAAAGAACGUUCAAGAAUAACGCAGGAAGAAAAUAA